CCUGACCAGCUUUGGCCUGGGGGGCUCUCCGAGCCCCGGGAUACGCCCAGCGCCCCCAGCUCCUGGGCCUUUGUUUGUCUCCGCCGGCGUCCGCCUGGGCUACGUUCCCUGCUCCCUAUUGGUUGCUGCAUGCCCGGUAGACAAUGACGUUCCUUAUUUGCAUAUGACAUUGAGACGUCACCAAGGCCGGCACCGCCCCCCCCGGCUCGGGUCGCUUGUCCUCCGGUGACCCUGUGGCCGCUGUGUGGGGACUCGGCCAUGGGUGAGAGACGCUGAAAUCCAAGGAGGGCCGGAGGGGGCUUGGUGAUUUUCUGGUCAAUCCAGGGGCUAGGAGUCAGGCCUCUGAUACCCAAUUUUUUCCUUGAGAUCUAAGGAGUCAGACAGCACUGCCAGAUCUGACUGGAAGGAAUCGUAGAGUUUAGGGAGGCCGCGACUCCAGGUGGUUGGGGAAGCACCAGCUGGUGGUGGAAUCCCCUCUCUCCGUCCCCAGGCUCCGCCCCUCCAGGGACUAACUCAACUACAUCCUCCUAAUCCCUGACUUGUGUGCAGCGCCUUAGCUGACGUCAUUCCCGGCAGGAAUAUGAGGGUCUUAGAUCCCAUCUCAUGGAAGAGGAAACUGAGGCCAGAGAGGAGAAGUAGUUUACUAGAGGUCACACAGCCAAUUAGAGUCAUGCUCACUGGGUGAAUAGAGAUGCAUUAGCCAUGGGCAUAUAUUAUAUAGUAGGAGCUCAAUUAAGUAGCAAGAUACAUAUCCUCCCAUUGGGGAGGAGUCAGUGUCAUCCCUAUUUGAUUGGACUCCUAGGUCUUCUCAUUCCUGGAACUUUUCCCAGGAGAUCUCUGGAUUUAGGUUCUCUUUUGUGGCCCUGACUCCCUCUGCCUCACUUUGUAUCUCGGAGCCCUCACAGUCCAGUAAAAUCGCAACUUCCUGGCUGUUUUGACCACAGAAAGGCUUUUGCACUGCCAUAGAGCGCCCCCGUGAGGUCGCUUCACUCCCCACCAUGUUCCAGCGUCUCACCAGCCUCUUCUUCAGCACCCCUCCGUCCCCCGAAGACCCUGACUGCCCCCGCGCCUUCGUCUCGGAAGAGGAUGAAGUGGAUGGCUGGCUCAUCAUUGACCUGCCCGUAGACAGCUACGAGGCUCCACGCAACCCCAGGACUGCCCCAGCCCCUGCAGGCCGCCCCCCACCCGCGCCCUCCUUGAUGGACGAGAGCUGGUUUGUUACCCCUCCCGCAUGUUUUACUGCAGAGGGGCCUGGACUCGGGCCCACCCGUCUCCAGAGCAGCCCCCUGGAGGACCUCCUCAUCGAGCACCCGAGCAUGUCCGUUUACGUCACCGGCAGCACCAUAGUGCUAGAGCCUGGGCCGCCGUCCCCGCACUCGGACGCUGCCCUGCCUGACGGUGAUCUUAGCGACCUUAGCGACCGAGAGCUGGCGCCUGCCCGCCGCGAGCCCCGGGCCCUGCGCCAUGCCGCCGCUCCCCUGCCGGCGCGGGCCGUGCUGCUGGAGAAGGCCGGCCAGAUGAGGCGGCUGCAGCGGGCCCGGCAGAGGGCCGAGCGCCACGCGCUGAGCUCCAAGGUGGUGCAGCGGCAGAACCGAGCCCGCGAGAGUCGUCCGCGCCGGCCCAAGCACCAGGGCAGCUUCGUCUACCAGCCGUGUCAGCGCCAGUUCAACUACUGAGCUUCGGUUGGCCGCGCCACGAACCCCUUGCAGGCUCCGAUCCGCUUCUGUCCUCUCCGCAGUAGCCACUGUGCUGCUCGAGGGGCAGCUGCAGCCCGCCUUGGGCUGGACACCACAACCUCCCUGCUUCUUAAAGUGUGUGAGGUUGGGUGAUAGCUCUUCUUUCCUGGACUCUCUCGAUUACUCACUUUCUGAUCCUCUAUAAUCUGCCUCUGGACCCCCUUCACCCUCCCCACAGCAUCUAAUCCUCCAACGCUCCCCGCCCCCAUUCCUAACCGUCCAUCCUUUCUUCUCUGGACCCCAUUCCUGUUUGUCCCCUUCACCCUCUGUCCGGUCCUCUGCCUCUAGCCCACCUCUAUUUCUGAGAGCCUCAUUCCUGUCCCUGAUCUGGCUCGUUCCCCCUUCAGCUUCUACCUUACAUGACUUACCACUAUCCCAUGUUUGACGUUUUACACUCACUCCCUUAUUAUUCAUUCCCAGUAAUACCAAAUGGAGGGGACCCUGAGCCCAGCUCUGAUCAGGUACAACCUGUGAGGCCAGGGCCUCUGUCCUUGCCUUCCAGUAAGGGCUCAGGCUCAGGGUUUUGCUUUUAGUUUUCCUUUUUUGCUCUGCCCUAGGGGGUGGCCUCCUUGGAGCUGCUUAGGCCUAGCAAGGUAAAGUAUGUGGAAGAGGACAGUGAAAUGUGUGUGUCAGAGGGAGAAGAAAGAGGGAACUAAGGGAAAGGAGCAGCAUACUGGAGAUGUUGACAGGACAGACUAGUUGAGAAGCUGUAGAGAGCAGGGCACCAUGGGAGCUUGUACUGUGCUUGCUCAGAGAGGCCAAACCCUGCUCUCAGGCCAAAGCCUGGAGUCUGCCCCUACUUCCCUUUCCUAUAAUUCAUUUCCCAGAUGUCUUCCUGAAAUCCACCUGAGUCUGCAGACCCUUGAGUCUGAAAGGCUUGGUUAGUACCUUGCCACUCUAGCCUUGACAUGCUACCCCAGAGUAGAAGCUAGGCAAGGCCCUGCCAUCCUGGCUAUCUGUUCACAUGUUCAAGGUGCUAGAACUAGCUUAGGAGAGAUGCAGGCCAGAGGGCUUGUUGGUGGAAAGUGCCCACACCCCAGGUAAGAAUGCAGAGAAUGAUGCUAGAGAGAAUGAACUGUGGGGUGAAGCCAUCUCAAGACAGCUUAGCCUUCAUCUUGCCUCUGGCCUUGUAUUUCACACCCGCUCAGUAUGGCUAAUAAACACUCCUGAGUUGGGAGGCCAGGAGCUCCACUGUCUCAAUCUCCCAAUUGUCCCUAUCCAGGUUCAGGGCUUCAGGGGGCUGCUUCUCAUUUUCUUCUGAAGGGCUUUUUCUUUCUAGGCUGCUGGGGAGAAAUGGAUGCCCUGUGGCCUCUCCCCCUUCAUUAAGUAUGUAGAGGAGGGUACCUGAAUCUCUGGGUAAGACAGAGGGGAGAGGGACAGCUAGUAGUUGUCCUCCUUCUGGUAGGACUGAAUUUUGGGCUUAGACACCAGCAACAGCCUCUUGGGAUGCCCCGAGUUUCUAUUUCCUCUUUAUAGCUGCCCUUAUCUAGUGUGUGCUCUUUCUUCCUUGAAACUUUUAAGAUUUCCUGUUACAUACUAACAUAGGUCUUCCUUCUCACUCCGAUUAUAGGUUUCUAUAAUUGGAGUUAUAGAAAGCUAUAGCCAAGCUGAGGCUUGGAGAAAACUCUGCAUUUCCAUGAGGGCUAUGGCAGCUGCCCUCCCUGACCCUGUAGCCCUCAGGCAUUAUGUGGGAUAUGUGGGGAAGGGAUGGGGUAUCCCCAUGGAUGCUGGGAUAAGGCUAGAGAAAGACCUGUUGGUUUCUCCUAUCCCAGGUUAUAGGCUUAAUUCAUACUAAAAACAGAUCAAAGUCCCCAUGCCAAUCUACUAUGGCCCUAAUAGUUGACAACCUUGCUCCUCCUCUCCCAAAAUUUUGUUACAAACUAGUUGCUUUUAUUCUUCCAGCAACCCACUGGGCAAUUCACAGCCAGCCUAGGGUCUUUGGCACUUCCAAGAGCUGAAAUUCCCUCCAGCCCUUCCUUCCCUACUCCUCACUACCAGCUGGGGCCUGGGCUAAGUCCUAGGCAGUACCCAUGAUCCUUCUGGUGAGGGAAGAGUUUAAGAUAUAAUAGGGUAUUUGGCUCAAUUUUCAAAAGGUCCUGCCCUUACCUAUAUUUCUGGAGGCUCCUAUAAUUCUUCUAGAACCUUCCAACCUCUCACUUAGCUGGUUGCUAGGUUCAUGUUAUUAUUUUUUUUGUACUUUCCUAUAGAUUCUGUAGCAUUUGAGUGUGGCAAUAUUUUAAUUGUGUACAGAUUUCUAAGAAUCAACACUACUCAGUCUUCUGCUAGUCUGACUCCUGAAGCAUCAGACCUUGUCAUACUGUAUUGACUGUGUAUGUGCCUUUCACCUUGAGCAUGCUUCAGGAUUUUUUUUUUUUUUAAACUACAGAACUUGAAUAAAUGAGGGAACCAGAAUUUACAAAGUCCUAUGCAACCUUAGACAUGAGGGGUUAGAGAGUCUGUCUUAGCUGAUGUUUUCAGAGACCCUGGAGACGUGUGUACUGGUUUUUUUUUUUUUUUUUUGGUAGAGACAGAGUUUCACUUUAUGGCCCUCGGUAGAGUGCUGUGGCGUCACACAGCUCACAGCAACCUCCAACUCCUGGGCCUAGGCGAUUCUCCUGCCUCAGCCUCCCGAGUAGCUGGGACUACAGGCGCCCGCCACAACGCCCGGCUAUUUUUUUGUUGCAGGUUGGCCGGGGCCGGGUUUGAACCCGCCACCCUCGGUAUAUGGGGCCGGCGCCCUGCUCACUGAGCCACAGGUGCCGCCUGUGUGUACUGGUUUGUGAAUAUUAAUGUCAAUAUUACCAGCACUUUGCCAAAACUUAUGUCAGGAGGACCUGUGUCUAGAGUCUUGGUUACAUCAAGAGUGACUUCUAGGAGUUAUUCCCUAGUAAGUCUGAGUGAUUCCUUCACAUUGGGUGUCACUUUACAGCCUUUGCCAGUCUAGCCCCCGCAGGGCACUAUGUAUGUUUGAGUGCAGUUUGGUGCUGUUUUAGAGUAUGCCUGCUCCCCCCAAUCCCUACCUGGAAACUUCUGAUCAACUAGCUCUGACCCAUGAUGUCUUAGGUGUAACAAGGACCCCACUAGAGCUCUUCAAUGCCUCUCCAGAUCUGCGUGACUUUACAUGAGAGAACUGAAUGCAGACACACCAUAGCCCACCUCUAAUACUUUCCCUCUUACCUUCCAUCUAGUUCCAAAUGGAACCAAGUUGAGUGCAUCCCUGUUGGGUGUUGUGUGUUGAGGCUGGCUGAUAUAAGGAGAUUUUGUGCUAUGUCAACGGACUCAAAACAACCACCUCAACCUGGUCAUGUGGCAUGCCUGUGUAUGUAUGUAACAGGAUUCUGAUUGUUAGAUUAUAAUGCUAUUCCUGUAUGGGAGAAUAAAAUUAAUAUAAAGAAAAACAAAUAAAAAUCUAUUUAAAGCACA